GUCAACAGUGGGGCAAGCAACCCGGAUGUGCCAAACACUCAUUAUUUUCUUGCAUUCGAAAGCCAGUUGUGAAAUUGUCUCGUGAGAGAUGAAUUGUGACGAGUUGGUGGAGAUUCUCCGCCGCUACGACGUGCCGUUUGACCAUGGAGCGGUCAAAGGUGCAUUAGAAGCCGAAGAAUCGUCACCCCUAGGCGACUGGGCAAAAGUGCACCUCACACCAGACACACUGCUCACCGUAGACGAGCUGCUCUACUAUUCGGCGCUGGAGAAGUCUGGCAAGGCCGACCAGUUGGCUGCUUCUGCAGACCUCGCGACCGUCCAAAGCUUCAGCGACCAGGAGCUGAGGGACGCAAUUGAGGAGCUGAAUCGGUCUACUGACACGAUUGCCAAGCAAACCGAGACAUUGAAGCAGCAGCAAGAGGCCUUGAGUCGGUUGAUGAAGGAGAAGGCGAAGGAAGUGGAGAACCGUGCAGCAUUAGAACUCAAGCGUACGCAAGCAUGGGAAUUGAAUCGCAAGGCAUUGGGGUCAGAUGUUGAGGCACUGGCUCAAACCAUUGGCCUACGCAUCUCCGACCUGGAGCAGCAUGGCAAUGCGCACACGGACGCCCUUCGGCAGACUGUGAAUUCCAUGUUUGUCUCGGACGAUAAGCUCUUCACAGGCCUCCAGAAGCUCGGGUGGGAGCUCGAGAUAGAAGACCCCGAGGAGAAGGAGAAGGAGAGCAAGCUGCGCGAGAUCUGUGCUAGACUUAUCAAGUACACCGUCGAGACUAUUCGAACCAGGCUUGACCGUUUGUACCUCGAGGCAAUCGAGGGCUCGAAUAAUGCGCUCACCAGCGGAGGGACUCAGGCAGAUGAUGUAUCGGAACUGCAGGAGGAAUUGGAGUCCCUGUACGCCGAGAUUCUUCCCGUCGCUCAGAUGUCUGUCGAAGAACAAUUUCUAGGCCCUGCACUCAGGUCCCUCUCUGCGGGGAAAGGAAAGAGCCUUGUCCGAUCAGCCCACGCCACUGACUACGUGAGUUUGUGCGAUUCGGCCGGUUGUCCGCUUACCGCCUAUCUGACCCAGCCCCUUUAGAUUCACGACUGCCUCGACUACCUCCUGGACCGGAUCCAGAAAAUCUCUUCCCGCACCGAGACUUUCCAGGCCCACCGCACAGCAUCCCAUCACCUCGUCGCCGCUGCCAGAACCGAACUAUCCGUACAGGUAGAACCAGUCCGCCAGAAGGAACGCCGGCCCACGAUCUCCUCAUCCCCAACCAGGCGCCGCAAAUCCUCGACCCGCGUGAGCGCAGCCUCGCCGAACCGGGUCCGAGCCCCCCCGAUGCCGCGGAGGCGAUCCUCCUCCGGCACGGGCGCCGCCCACGCCGACGAAAACCCCCUGGAACAGCUCCUCCGACACCUCGCCCUGGG